AUGGACCAUUUCCUACCUUCGAAAGGUAAUUUGUACAUUCUUGUUACAGUUGACUAUGUCUUUAAAUGGGUGAAAGCUAUGAUGAGUCCUACUAAUGAUGUAAGAGUGGUGCUGAAGUUUGUGAAGAAGAGUAUAUUUUCCAGAUUUGGUACUCUAAGAGCAAUAAUUAGUGAUGGAGGUACGCACUUUAUCAACAACCGGUUUAAGAAUCUUCUUGCUAAAUAUGGUGUUCGACACAAGGUUUCCACUCCUUACCAUCCUCAAAAGAGUGGACAAGUAGAGGUAUCUAAUCGGGAGAUUAAGCAAAUACUUCAGAAGACCGUGAAUGGGCAGACAAAAGAUUGGGCGAAUAAGCUGGAUGAUGCACUUUGGGCAUAUCGAACAACGUACAAAACACCCAUUAGGACAUCUCCAUAUCUAUUAGUGUAUGGUAUGGCAUGUCAUCUUCCUGUAGAGUUAGAACACCAAGCAUAUUGGGCUGUGAAGAAGAUGAAUUUUGAGAUGACUGCCAUGGGAGAAAGAAGGUUGUUAGAACUGAAUGAGCUUGAUGAGUUUAGACUCCACGCCUAUGAAAAUGCCAAGAUUUACAAGGAUAAUACCAAAAGAUGUCAUGAUAAGCAAAUUCAAGUUAGGGAAUUUGAACCCGGACAACUUGUGUUGUUGUUUAAUUCCUGUCUUAAGUUGUUUUCGGGUAAAUUACGAUUGAAAUGGUCUGGACCUUUUAAGGUGGUAUGUAUGACACCCCAUGGAGCUAUGGAGUUGUGGAAUAAAGAGAAGAUGGAGAAGAUCCUUAUAAAUGGACAGCGUGUAAAGCAUUAUUGGGCGGAUCACCCAGACAAGCACAAGGAAUCUAUCACUUUUACUGAUGAGUGA